UACGGGCACUGGGCAGGGCCGUGGGAGCCGCUGGAUCUACUUGGUUACUGAAAGGGAAGAUUCACCUUUGACUGCCUCGUUAGAAGAGGACUUUGGAAGGUGGUUGGAGGACGUGGGAGACUGUUAGGAUCUAGCGCGGUUGUAGGAACGGGAGAAUUCAGUGCUGCUCGCUCCUUUGGAAGGUGCCUGGAGGAGGGAGAGCUGUUAGUCCCUUCAGACGGUGCCUGGAUGACCUGGGAGUUUCCUGGCCCCUCGCAAGGUAUCUGAAGGGCGAGGGAAUUACUUGUUCCUUCAGAGGGUCUUUGGAAGGCGUGGCGAGCGGCCUAAGAAAAAUCCAGCAGAUGGCGAUGGCGGUGUGGAAAAUUUCCGUGGCAGCCUUGUUGGUGGUUGGAUCUGCAGGAAGAACACGUGGCGCGGAGGCAUUAUGCUCCGAAGGCCAGACCAAAACAUACACGUGUUCCAACCCCGUCCUGACGUUCAAUAGCACGGGCACAGGGAUCGACUUGGUACUGAACGUCACUAACAAUAGACGCCGUGAAAGUCUGCCGAUACGCAUCCAUCGAACUCCAGAAGGCUUAAAUAUUUCCUCCUUGAUAAUACCAGACGAAGGAAAGGUGGAGUUUAGGAUAAAAACCCACUUUGUGGAAGUAAUGAACUCGGGUAGUCCGCAGAGAGUCUUUAAAAAUGAUCAGAAACAAAUUUGGUUCUACGAGUUCUCUGCUCCAUCUGGCGUCCGGAUCUGUGUGGCUUGCGAUAACGAAGAUAUUUUGGACCAGGAGAGACCUAAGCAGAGCAGCACCUCUGACCAUCAGAACACGGAACAGGAGAACACCUUUACCACUGAGGACAGAGAACAGGAGAACACCUUUAUCACUGAGGACAGAGAACAGGAGAACACCCUUACCACUGAGGACAGAGAACAGGAGAACACCCUUACCACUGAGGACAGAGAACAGGAGAACACCUUUACCACUGAGAGCAGAGAACAAGAGAAAACCUUUACCUCUGAGAAAGGAGAACAGGAGAACACCUCUGCCAUGGAGAACACUGAACAGCACCGAAAAUCUGGAAGCAUUGUCACCGCUUCAAGUGUGAAGGAAGAGAGUGAAGACAACCGUUCGUGGUGGUGGCUCCUGCUGAUUCCCGCGUGCGUCAUCCUUGUCGUCUACCUGCACGCAAGGCACCGCCAAUCCUCUCGGUAUUCCGUGAGAAAUGCGCAGGCAAGUCAGGCUGCGGAGAGGGAGGGCGCCGGAACACCAGACGUGGCGGAAACGAAUGGUGGUGGUCCGUACACUGAAGAAAAAACUGGAUAGUGGAUAUCGGCGCGGGGGUGCGGAUAAUGUAGACGUGUAGACAACCGGACUAACUCGUUGAAUGUGUUAUCAAUUGAGCGAAAGGGUUGGGGGAAGGGAUAAUGAAACACAUGACCCAAUCAAGAAGCGGAAGGUUAGAAUGAACGUUGUAAACAACCCAAGAGAGAAGGAUGGUUAGAGGGCUGAUGUACCGUACGUGUGAACAACCAGGGGAGAUUGCUUUGAAGAGAAAAGGUGCAUUUUAUAUUGUGUAAUGACCUUAGCCAGUUCCUGAUUAGAUUCAGAAGGAUUCUACUCAGAUUUCUAAAGUAUAUUAGAUAUGUGUACUAUAUCAGGAUGCAGUGUUUUUUCAUGUUUAUUCUGAAUUACAGCUUAUUACUACUACUAUUAUUAUAACUAUAAUUGUUCUCCUUAUGAACACAAGUUGCACAAAACAUCUUAAUAAUGAAAUGCAUUCAGCAGAUUUCUUUGCAUACAAAAUAUGAAAGAGCCAGAUUCAACAAAUACA